CCACAUUUGGUAUCACCCGGUGACCCGGACGCGGUUACGCGCGCCGUGACCCCGCCUCUCUCUCUCUCUCCCACCGGAGCCGCCAUGGGUAAGAUUAAGGCUCACGAGCUGCGCGGCAAGAAGAAGGAGGAGCUGCUGAAGCAGCUGGAGGAGCUCAAGGAGGAGCUGUCCCAGCUGCGUGUCGCCAAGGUGACGGGCGGCGCGGCCAACAAGCUCUCCAAGAUCCGCGUGGUGCGCAAGUCCAUCGCCCGUGUGCUCACGGUGAUCAACCAGACCCAGAAGGAGAACCUGCGCAAGUUCUACAAGGGCAAGAAGUACAAGCCGCUGGACCUGCGGCCCAAGAAGACGCGCGCCAUGCGACGGCGCCUCAGCAAGCACGAGGAGGCCCUGCGCACCAAGAAGCAGGAGCGCAAGACGCGCCUCUUCCCCAUGAGGAAGUUUGCGGUCAAGGCCUAGUGAGGCCUCCCCCAACCUCCACCACCAUCGCCCUCAAUAAAACCGUCGGCUUCUUCACACA